AUGCCCAUCUGUAUCGAGUGUCGCUAUCCGACUACCCAACUCUAUACCGAGUAUUCCGGAGGAUCAACUGGUCAUGGAGUACGCUUAACCGUUUGCAAGAAUUGUGGACGAUUUUGCGAUAAAUAUGUUGAGCAUGAUUUUGUGGUUUUGUUUAUUGAUUUGGUUUUGAUUAAACCACAGCCUUCAAUAAUCCGUCUCGGCGUCCUUCUCCUUCUCUUUGACGUCUACCUAACAUGGGCACGUAUCGAAAAACAAACCUCCGCGCCCAUCUCCGCUCCAGUUGAAACAGACAAUACGAAUUUCCUCCGUCUAGCCGCUCAACCCAUUGUCUUCCAAUAUGUAUUCUUUCUAAUCCUCUGCGCCCUCUCAACACUAAGCUUUCACCUCUCUAUCCGCUUUCUCACAUCCUCGCCACUUUCGCCUUUAGUACUCCUCGGUCUCCUCCCAAAAUACACCCGUCCGAAUUCCGUAUCUACAGCACUACUAGUCUCGUCCUCUACGAAAUUGUUCCCUAUUUUGAUGGUAAUAUGGGAGUAUGACGUACCGGCUGCGGCGAGAAGCUUAGGUUGGGCUGUUGUUGCGAAUAACGUGGAGGCUUUGAAAAUCCUACUGGAUUGUGGGUAUGGGACUGCAGCGAUAUUGGCGACGGUUGGGGCGAUUAGUAGGUGGAUGGUUGGGAGGGGGAUACUUUGGGCGGUGGGCUUGGAUGGAGUUGACACCGUUGGGGAUUCAGGGGUAGCGGCUGAUGGAAAGGCGCUUUGGGCGAUAGUGGAACUGGGCAGGGAAUGGGGUGGAAGGUUGGGCUUAGGGUGA